AUUUCUGCUCAGUGCUCACUGCUGGGCAUCAGUGCACAGCGCGACAGAAAUCCAAGCGCCUGUCGUCCAAUUAAUUACUGCGACGUGACCCUCGUCGUGCUGUCGUUGUCAUGGCCGCACCGCAUGACAUGCACGGCGUCGACUCGUUCGCGCAGCUGCCCUUCAUCCGCGGCGCGGCGCGUGCCGCGGCAACGAAGACGAAGACGCCCGCGGCGAGCAGGGACGACGCCGCCACCAGCAUCCGCCUCUUCGGCCGGGACUUCCCCAACAACGACCAGCAGGCGGCCCAGCUGCUGCUGCUCAAGGUCAAGGAGGACGCCGGGGCCGCAGCGGCCGCCGAGGGCGGCGGCGAGACGGCGGCCGGGGAGAGGAAGUUCGAGUGCCACUACUGCUGCCGCAACUUCCCAACGUCCCAGGCGCUGGGCGGGCACCAGAACGCGCACAAGCGGGAGCGGCAGCACGCGCGGAGGGCGCACCUCGAGGCUUCCUUCGCCGCGCACUGCGGCGCCUACCUCCCCGGGCCGCACCUCUACGGCCUCUUCGGCUACGGCGGCGGCCACACGCCGCACUAUCCGCCGGCCGCCGUGUGGCCAGGCGCCGUGCCGCCGGGGAUGUACGGCGGCGUGGGGCCCGUGGCGCGGCCUCCCGUGUACGGCGGCGUGGCCGUGCCGGGGAUGUGGAGGUCGUCGCCACCUGGGAGUGGCGCUUUUGUCGUGGCUGGUCGACCCGACGGGUCCGAUCCCGCGGGGUACGGAGAGAUGGUUGGUAUAGACGACAAGGUGGCGAUGAGCGUGGUGACGUCAGUGCCCGCGUUGCCGUCAUCGUGUUUGUCGGGCCAGCCUGCGGAGAUGAUAGGGAGACCUGAGUUGGGACACAAGGAUGGAGUCAUAAGCUUGGACCUCUGCUUGUAAUUCAUAUCUCCUGCUUGUUUAGAUCGCUUCGAUGCAUUUUUGCUUUUUUUCACCCUUUUCUUUCCCUUUGGCUUGUUUCGAGAGGUGUUUAAGCAUGUUUCUCCAACUCAAUUGCGAGAGACAUUUUCAUUAGCACUGUCGAAUGAUAUGUAUUCAGUUUGGCUUGUGA